CGCAAGUCAAUGGCUGUUUUGAUGUCAUGCUCCAUCUUUGCUGGAAAUUGUAGUGUCAUUCAUUUUUACGUGUGUGUCAGCGAUCGCAUUUUAAGACUGAAUCAAAUACAAUAAUGGCUCUGUUGAUAGACAAUGGGAAAAGACGUUUGCCUGAUUAUGAUGUACAAGGAGCAAGAACAGUGAGCUUUAGUCCUUAUGCCGACAACGGAGGGAGUGUAGUGGCUCUUGCAGGGGAUGACUUCUGUGUUGUUGCUGCAGACACACGUCUCAGUACAGGAUUUUCGAUUUACACUAGGCAGCAGGACAAAUUAUUUCCAUUAUCAAAAACCACCAUUCUAGGAUGUUCUGGUUGUUGGUGCGAUACCCUGACUUUAACUCGUCUCUUGUCUGCUCGUAUGCAGAUGUACAAACAUGAACAUCAAAAAGAAAUGUCAACUCCAGCAACCGCACAGAUGCUUUCCACAAUGCUCUACUACAAAAGAUUCUUUCCAUAUUAUGUCAGUAAUAUACUUGCUGGGUUAGAUGAGAAUGGAAAAGGAUGUAUAUAUAGUUAUGAUCCAAUUGGACAUUGUGAGAAAACUACAUAUAGAGCAGGUGGCUCAGCCGGUGCGCUUUUGCAACCACUUCUUGAUAAUCAGAUUGGAUACAAGAAUCAAGAAGGCAUCACUCCUGUGAAUUUAACUCAAGAAAAAGCUGUGGCCAUUCUAAAGGAUGUUUUUACUUCUGCAGCUGAGAGAGAUAUAUACACAGGUGAUGGAAUAACUAUCAAAAUUAUUACCAAGGAUGGAAUACAAGACAUUAGUUUUGCACUAAGAAAGGAUUAAUGGGCAAAAAAAAUUUAUACCAUGAAAACCGCGCAAAUACAAUUGAAUAUUAAAAAAAUUCUUUAUUUGCAAUAUUUUUCUCAUAUAUUCUGUGAAGACAGCACUGAGAAAAAGAAACAUAGAUACUGAGUAUAAAGAUCAUUCAGAAGGGAGAAUUAUAUUUAGAGAAUAUAUGGAAAUAUAAAGAAUACAAGUAUACACACAGUGUUAUUUCAA